CGCAGGACUAUUUAUGCACGAUAGCAUACCACACAUAUCAUUUCAAUUAACGAGCUUGUGCUGCGCGUAUCUUAUCAUUAUACUUGUAUUUUCACCAUGCGGCUACACGUAUUAUUUGUAGCUACAAUAUGUCUCUUCGUUGCAUCUUUGAAUCAGGCAGAAGCUAAAUCUUUGGAAGCAAGACAAGAUUCAACAAUAGAAGAUCUUCAACCUGAUGAAAAUGUAACUAUUAUUCCUUUAAUCGAAGCAAUAGGCAAUCCUUCUAAGCGAUAUAAUAUGGUUCCCUAUGAUGCUGUGACUGCAUAUGUGUUAUAUUCAACAUGUUACCACGUUACAUUUUGGAUAAUCGACUUCAGUAAUGAUUGCACAAAUGGGAAAAUGCAGAUUAAAUAUUCCACCAGCCUCGCGACCAUGCCAAAUACAUGGAUAAAUGUUGCACGGAACCCAUAUUUCAGUUUCAUGGGCUAUCCAACCUUCACUAUUGCAUUAGGUCCUUUCGUACCAUGUACCACAGUGUACAUUGUAGCUAGACUGAGAUAUGGUCUUAAAACAAGACACCUGGGAAUGUUUAGUAUAUCAACAAGUUGCCCCUGUGAUCCAUGCAUUUGUAUAGGGGACCCUCACUAUUCGGAUUUCGGUGAUAAGAAGUUUGAUUUCAAUAGACCAUGCAGCUACGUUCUGAGCACGACAAUUCAACCAUCUAAUCAUUCUUUAACAUUGAUUGCCAAACAUAGUGUUGGCCGUCCAUCUGUUAGCAUAGAGAGUGCAACUAUAGAGGCAGAUGGCCACACAGUCGUUCUAGAGGAAGAUGGUAGUAUCACGAUCGAAAAUGAACCGUGUAAUGGUAGUGCGUUUGUUUGCCCGGAUUUGACUGUAGCUGUGGAGACCAUUGAUCAGUACACUCAAAUGCUUUUCUCUUUAACUGAAAAAUGGUGGAUCUUGUGGAAAAAGAAUCCGCAUACCAACCGAAAUGAGAUACAGUUUGAAAUCGAAGAUGAUUCUCCUCUUGUUGGAAAACAAACUGGAAUGCUUGGACCGAAGUUUGCAGACAAUGAAAACCAUCCAUUCCAAGGUUUUAUCAUGAAAAAUGGUUCCAUCACCUUUGAUGCCAUAGAGCAUGGUAACAGCUGGGAAGUUUCAGGAAGUUGUCCAUCCUGACGUGGAUAUCCUGCGAAUGGAUGGAUUGAAUAGACACCGAAUUCUUCACGAUUGAUUUCACAAAAGUGCUUAAAGCUUUAUUUGCUAGUGUCGGUGACUGGCGUUGUAGAUGUAGUUGUACGUUAUAACAGUUAUUGAACAAAACAUGAACAGGCAUGUGAAUCUUACCCAUAUAUUGUUUUUGCACGAGAACGUUCAAUGCCUUACAGGGCAAUGCCCUACAAAAUGCAUAAAACACAUGUAUUCAAAUAGUACGGGAAUAAAGGCUUGCAAAGUAA